AUGCUGGAGCCUCCCAACACUGUACUCCAGCCUAUACUCGCCAUGCUAGAACCUUCCAACACUGUACUUAAGCCUAUACUCGCCAUGUCAGAGCCUCCCAACACUGUAUUCCAGCCUAUACUCGCCAUGCUAGAGCCUCCCAACACUGUACUCCAGCCUAUACUCGCCAUGCUAGAACCUUCCAACACUGUACCCCAGCCUAUACUCGCCAUGCUAGAGCCUCCCAACACUGUACUCCAGCCUAUACUCGCCAUGCUAGAGCCUCCCAACACUGUACUCCAGCCUAUACUCGCCAUGCUAGAGCCUCCCAACACUGUACUCCAGCCUAUACUCGCCAUGCUAGAACCUUCCAACACUGUACCCCAGCCUAUACUCGCCAUGCUAGAACCUUCCAACACUGUACCCCAGCCUAUACUCGCCAUGCUAGAGCAUCCCAACACUAUAUUCCAGCCUAUACUCGCCAUGCUAGAGCCUCCCAGCACUGUACUCCAGCCUAUACUUGCCAUGCUAGAACCUUCCAACACUGUACUUAAGCCUAUACUCGCCAUGUCAGAGCCUCCCAACACUGUAUUCCAGCCUAUACUCGCCAUGCUAGAGCCUUCCAACACUGUACUCCAGCCUAUACUCGCCAUGCUAGAGCCUCCCAACACUGUACUCCAGCCUAUACUCGCCAUGUCAGAGCCUCCCAACACUGUAUUCCAGCCUAUACUCGCCAUGCUAGAGCCUCCCAGGACUGUACUCCAGUCAUACUUGCCAUGCUAG